AUGGCGGACUUGAAGCGGCAGCUGGACGCUUAUCUGGCGCAGUCCAAAGCUAAGAGCGGGAGUCCUCCGCUUUUGUCCCCGGAGGAGGAGCUGCUGUCUCCGGGAGAGGAGCAGGGAGAGCGGGCGGGUUGGACACGAUGGUCACGGUGGUCCCACUGGUCCUCAGCGGCUCCAGAGCAGACCCCGGAGCCGUGUUUACCUUCCCUGACGCGGACGCAGCGACUCUCGGGCUUCGCGCUGUUCGCGUCUCUGUCCGCGCUGUGUUUUGUUCUGUCCGCGAUGUACGCUCCUCUGCUGCUGCUGUAUGCACGGAAGUUCUGCCUGCUCUGGUCCUUAGGUUCCGUGUUUGCAGUAGCGGCGCUGGUGACGCUGCGCGGGGCCGCGGUGUUGCGCUCGCUGCUCAUGACUCCGGUAGCUGCAGUUUACCUGUGUGCCCUGGGGGGGACGCUAUACGCCGCUCUGAGCAUGCGCAGUACGGUGCUGACCGCACUGGGCGCCUCCACACAGGUGGUGCUGUUGUUGGGAGCAGCUGUGUCUCUGGUCCCUGGAGGAGCAGCAGGUCUGCGCUUCAUGAGUGGACUGGUCACGUCUGCGGUGCGGCGAGGCGUCAGUGGAAAGAGUGUUCUGCCGGUUUGA